UCUUGGGCUCCCCAGAUGAAGGUUCGGAGGCUGGCUCUAGCACCAGAACAUCUGUGUGUCAGGUUGGUGUCCAUGUUGCUCUUGGGGAUCCCCUUUAUCUCGAACAUCAGCUGUGACGUGAGAUCAGCACACUAUUCUCAUGAAAUCGUCAUCCCCCAAAGUCUGACAGCCAAGGGGGGUAAAGACCCAGGACAGGUGUCCUACAUGCUGUUUAUGCAAGGCCAGAAGCAGCUGGUACACCUGAAGGUGAAGAGAGGCUAUUCUGUGGAUAACUUUCCAGUCUACAGUUACCACAAUGGUACCCUGCGGCAAGAGAUGCCUUUCAGCUCGCAUGACUGCCACUAUGAAGGCUACAUAGAAGGAGUGCCCGGUUCCUUUGUUUCUGUCGACACCUGCUCAGGCCUCAGGGGCGUCCUGGUUAAGGAGGAAACAUCCUAUGGCAUCGAGCCCAUGGUCUCUUCUGAACGGUUUGAACAUGUUCUGUACACCAUGGCACACCAAGGUCGAGUCUCCUGCAGUGUCACGUCCAAAAACAGCCAAGGGGACGCCAGGCAGCGGCAAAGGAGCAGGAAGCCUCAACAUGUGCAGGAGACCUCUUUCUUGUGGUCACACACCAAGUAUGUGGAGAUGUUUGUCGUGGUCAACAACCAGAGGUUCCGGAUGUGGGGCAGUAACAUCAGUGAGACCGUGCGGGCAGUGGUGGACAUCAUUGCCCUGGUCAACAGCUUCACCAGGGCCAUCAACACGGAGGUGGUGCUGGCGGGAUUGGAAAUCUGGACCGAGGGGGACCUGAUAGAGGUCCCAGUGGACCUGCGAGUGACACUCAGGAAUUUCAACCGCUGGAGGCAAGAGAAGCUCCUCCACCGUGUGAGGCACGAUGUUGCCCACAUGAUCGUUGGGCAUCAUCCUGGAGAGGACACAGGCCAGGCGUUUGUCAACGGUGCCUGCUCCAGCGGAUUUGCGGCGGCCGUCGAGUCCUUCCAUCACGAAGAUGUCCUCCUGUUUGCCGCGCUCGUGGCCCAUGAGCUUGGGCACAACCUGGGUAUUCAGCACGACCACGAGGCCUGCACUUGUGAAGAGAGGCGCUUCUGCCUCAUGCACGCAAAUAUCACUAAACACAGUGGCUUCAGCAACUGCAGCUCCGACUUCUACUACCAUUUCCUUCACGAGCACAGAGGGGCCUGCCUAUUGAACAGACCGUGGCGCCCAAGCCGCCAGCGCAGGGAUGCCCGAUGUGGAAAUGGGGUGGUGGAGCCACCGGAGCAGUGUGACUGUGGCUCCGCUUGUGAUGAUCACCCAUGCUGUGAACCCACAUGUCAGCUGAAGACGUCUGCGCGCUGUAGUGAUGGACUCUGCUGCCAUAGGUGUGAUUUCAAAAGGAAAGGGGUGUUAUGUCGUCCUGUUCAGGAUGAGUGUGACCUCCCAGAGUAUUGUAAUGGUAGCUUUCGAGAGUGUCCUGCCGACAGCUACAAGCAAGAUGGCACAUUGUGUGACAGAAUCUACUACUGUUCUGGGGGCCAGUGUAAGAACCCUGAUAAACAGUGCUCCAAAAUAUAUGGGUUUCCUGCAAGAUCUGCCCCUGAAGAAUGUUACAUUUCCAUAAACACCAAACGAAACCGGUUUGGGAACUGUGGCCACGGCACUGGGAAUAACUCAGAGUAUGUUGUGUGUGCAGACGACAAUGUGUUUUGUGGAAAGCUCAUAUGUACUGGUGUUGCCUACUUGCCCCCAGUCAAACCCCAACACACGCUAAUCCAGAUCAGUUAUGAAGAUGACUGGUGCUGGAGCAUGGAUGCCUAUAGUACUGUUGACAUUCCUGACUAUGGGGAUGUGCAGAAUGGCACUUACUGCGCCCCCAACAAGGUCUGCAUGGGUAACACGUGCACUGAUUACACUGUGGCCCAGUACGACUGUGAACCACAGGGCAUGUGUCAUGGGAAAGGAGUGUGCAACAAUCUCCAGCACUGUCAUUGUGAUGAAGGCUUUGCCCCUCCUGACUGCAAAAAACCAGGAAAUGGGGGUAGUGUGGACAGUGGCCCUGCUGGCAAGCCAGGUGUUAGGACUGAACUUGAAAAUGAAAUCAGAAGUCUGAGGGGCACUGGUCGUGGUCAUGGCUACAGAGGUGAUGAGAUCAGUUAUGAUCAAAGCAUUCACAAUGCAGUAUAUAUAUUGCCCCUAUUUCUCUUGGUAUUAUUUUUAAGCCUAAUUAUUAUUACUAGUUUUGGGUCUAGAAAGGAUAUAUCACAAUGCACAGAAAAUGACUUGGAAGAAAAUUCAGAAGUGAUUAUUUCAGAACAACAACAGACAGAAAACUAG